AUGGCAGAUGGACACAACACACCUGCGGAUCGACAUUCGCAUCACUUCAAUGUUAGCUUCAAUGACAAUGGCACUGAAGAGUACACUAUUCACUGUGAGCAGCCUCGCACAGUGCUGGAGGCAAUAAGAACGAUAUAUACCAAGAAGGAGUGUACUGAUGAAAACAUUGUAAUCCAGCUCUGUAGGACAGAAACGGAAUGUGCUAUUGCAACACAUUUUCCUUGUUCUUGCCUAAAGGAUGGGGCUUUACUUAUCAUAUCAUGUAAACCAGAAAAGGUUGAAGAGGUCCUAAACCAGCCCUCUGAAAAAGUGAAAAUAGUGCAUCCACGAAACGAAUACUCUGUGUUCUACAUUGAAAGCCAGGGAGGAAAAGACACCAAAACAAAAGAGAUCUUAAGAAAUAAAGCAAUGAAACAGUUUAAGUAUCUGUGUGUCUACGGAGAGAAAGGGAUGACUGUGGGAGAAUGUCUGAAACAAGACGGUCGCUUCAUUGAUGACCUCGGUGACUUUGAGCUGUCUGACAGUAAGAAUCAUGACCGCUUCACUGAGCAUACGCAAAAGGUUGACAACCUACAUGAAAAAGAAUUUAAGAUAUGUAUUCCACGGAACAAGAAUUCACAAAGCAUGAGUGACACAAAAGUCUCAGAAGUAGCAGAGCAGAGAGGAACCAGUGUGAAAACAUUACUGGAUAAAAGUGACAGCAGUGUGAACACUGAGAAGAUUUUUGAAAGACUGCGUCAGCAGUUUCCAGAUCUGAAGAAAUUAAUGGAGAGUCGAUUCCCAGGUGUUUCUUAUGAGAAAGAAUUGAAUCUGAGGAGGGAAAACUUUGGAAAGAUCCAAAAGUCCUUUAGUGAAGUUCACAGAGUCAAAAAACUGCUGGAACUGGGGAAGUCAGUCUGCAAAGUUGUUGUUGAGAAUGGUCGUAUGGGCACAGGCUUCGUACUGUUUGAUAACUUGAUCCUGACUAACGCACAUUUAAUCAAAGAUUGUGUUGAAGGAGAAAAUCUGCUGGAGGGUAUAAAUGUGUCUGCUGUGUUUAACUAUGAUGAUCCUGAGUCUGACAUGAAUUACAGCUGCUUUACUGUUAAGAAAACCCUCAUUGACUUCAGUGAUGGUGAACUAGAUUAUGCUGUACUAGAGCUAAACCCUGCGGGCCGGAAACCCAACCAAAGUAAAAGGACAGUAAAGGUGCCACCAGGGCUCCUGAAGAACUUUGGUCCAGUGCCUCAGAAUGGUGAAGCCUGUAUUAUUGGCCACCCAGCAGGAGAAGUCAAACAAAUAGAUCCCACAUGCAUCAUUGAGAAAGAGGACAGAAUAAAGGCCAUCAAUGAUCAUUUAGAGCCAAACUCCCUACUCACACUCCUCUCAAUCAGCCAAGAGACCAUAAAUCAAGACAUUAGAUGCCUGAAGGGAAACAAAGCAGAUAGAGUAGUGACCUACAACACGUUCAUGUAUCACGGCUCUUCUGGCUCCCCGGUGUUUGAUGCUCAUUGCAGAGUGUUUGGUUUGCACACAGCAGGAUUUACCUAUGAGUUUAAAAAACACACAGGGAGUGUAAUAGAGUUCGUCCAACCCCUGCUUACUAUAUUUAAAAGGUUAAUGAUCAAGAUUAAGAAAAGUGGAAAUGAGAAACUGUUGAAGAGAGUUAAGGAGGAAGCAGAGGGAAACGAACACCUGGAAGAGGAUGUAAAAGUUGUGUUAGUGAAAUCUGAGUAGGUAUUCAGGGGCUCCUGAAGCAUCUAAACCCUCCUGACUGCACAGGAUGAAUUUUUGUACAGAAUCACAUCAGACUUUAUUUGUUCAGUUACUUUAAUUAUAACCAUCUGUUGUUAUCUUGUAAUCUUUUAUUUUCAGUGUAGUUUUUCACUGUAUAAUUUGUGUUGUUUGUUUAGCAUUAAUACUCUACUACAGGGGUCGACAGUUAGGUUCUACCAUUGGCCAGAUUUUUCCAGCACUGUUUGUUUUAGGGUUGUUUCUGGUUGAAGCUGGUUGGUACUGACACAAAUCUUUUCUGCUCAGAUAGGACGAAUAAUGUUAAUUACAUGUGUAUAAAAAGUUACAAGCUCAUAUUAAUUAGGAUUUAAUUUACAUGUGUGGUUACAUCGUUAUAUAUAAUGGAAAUGUAUUAGUAGAUUUGAUAUAAUCUAUAUAUGGGAAAACUUAGGGGGCCAAAACGUUUGCUGGAGGGCCAGAUUUGGCCCAGGAGCCACCAUUUGCCUACCACUGCUCUGUUUUAUUCUAAUAUUCUUAUAUUCUAGUUUUAGUGUGGAAAAUGUUCAUUGUACUGUAAUGAUUUACUGUUAA